CCCCGGGCCAUCGCCUCCCCUGCCUGCGUUCCCAAUCAUCGCCACCGUCUCCCUCAAUCCCCUCUCCCCAAAACCUCUCCGCUUCAUUCGUGAACUGCGCGUGCGCGUGUCGCUGGCCGCCGCCGCCGCUCCCCGUGCGUGCGUCCGAGCUCUAGGAAGGAGGAGGCCGAGGGGAGUCGACCGGCCGAUCGAUCGAUUCAUCGAUGGCGAAGGGCGGGCUGAGUAAGCUGCGGUGCAUGAUCCGGAGGUGGCACUCGUCCAGCCGCAUCGCGCGCGCGCCGUCGCCCGGCGAGGACGGCCACGCCGGCGGCGGCGGCGGCGACGCCCGGGGCGCGUCGUUCCACGGCGCGGACGAGGUGCCCAAGGGCCUGCACCCGGUCUACGUCGGCAAGUCGCGCCGCCGGUACCUCAUCGCCGAGGAGCUCGUGGGCCACCCGCUGUUCCAGUCCCUCGUCCACCGCGCCGGCGGCGGCGGCGCCGAGGCCGGCUGCACCGUCGUCGGCUGCGAGGUCGUCCUCUUCGAGCACCUCCUGUGGAUGCUCGAGAACGCGGACCCGCAGCCGGAGUCCCUCGACGAGCUCGUCGAGUACUACGCGUGCUGACCGGCCAGAGCCGCCGCGCCCGGUCCCGGACGCCGGGGUUGGAAGCUUCUGGAAACAGCACAUGGCUGCGGCGGAUCGUCCUGCGAUCCGCGUGGUUUGAGCAGUAGCGGUAGAGUGUCGUCGUGGCAAGCUCCGAACGCCGGCGGGACGGCAAGGCGUAAGCCCAAGAACCCUGCUCCUCCGGCGCCGUCGAUCCGGUUCCAUUCUUCUUUAAUCGCUUCGUGUAAUUGACUUCCCUUUCAUUUUGCUUCUCGAUUCUUUUCUUUCCCCUUCCUUCUGUCAGUAAGGGUCUAGCUGGCAGAGCGCGUCCAUGUACAUUGCAAAUCGCGACAGAAAUCGCCCAUUUCGUUCCUCUGAAUUAAUCAUUCUUGUUCAUGGCUCA